AUUGUUCCAAAAGUCAGCUUAUUUGCAGAGUCUCCUUCUAGACUCUUACUGCCGUUCUACAGAGGGGUAGAAAUGCAACAGAAAUACACCAAUUAGACCCCUUUAGCAGAACAAAUCUUAGAUAUAACUGGACAAUAAAGAGAUAACAGGGCGGGGGAACAAGAAAGAAAAAGUUAAGUAGGAAACCUUCGGGUGUAAAUUUUAGUUCUGGCUUUCCUGCAUUGUAACCAGCCGGUUGCUAGUCAAAGUAUACCAUUCUCACAUGAAAUGAAAUCAAGAAUCUUUUCUUUCCUAAGAAUCCAAGUCCUGACAAUUGCGACAAAUUUCUUUCUUUGUCCUUCUUUUGCCAGAUCACCCAGUUAAAAAUUGACAACAACCCUUUUGCCAAAGGCUUUCGAGACACGGGGAAUGGAAGGCGAGAAAAGCGGAAACAGCUGACUCUUCAGUCCAUGAGAGUUUACGAUGAGAGGCAGAAAAAAGAAACUUCGGAUGAAUCUUCCAGCGAGCAAACGGCCUUUAAAUGUUUUGCUCAGUCAACAUCUCCGGCUGUGUCCGCAGUGGGUACCUCUAAUCUGAAAGACCUGUGUCCCAGCGAUGGGGAAAGCGACUCCGAGAGCAAAGAGGACCCCAUGGAAGCCAACGAAGGCGGGAAGAUCUCUACCACCACGGCCAACCUCGCCCCCAACAGCAGCUCAUCCUUGGGAGGUGGAGAUGGGACCGACCCUCGAGAAGGAGGAAAGAACAGCCCUUCCAAGGCUCAUCUCUUCCCACCCCCGGACUCCGCCAGCAGCAGGAGCCGGGAGAGCACCUCAAAAAUGCCUCCCGAUUCCCAACAUAGCCCAGCCGCCAUCUCUUCCAGCACCCGGAAUUUGGGCAGCGGAGAAGAACUCAAGAGCCAGGAAGAAUGCAGGAUGAUGAACAAAGAACCCUUCGCGCCUUUAACGGUUCAGACGGACAAUCCUGGGCACCUGGCCCAGAGCCACCUGUCCAACCUAACGUUUCCCCACGGCCUGGCCAGCCAACCGUUCUUCAACCCCCUGAGUAAUGGGCAUCCUUUCCUCCUCCACCCGAGCCAGUUUGCCAUGGGUGGAGCUGCUUUCUCAGGCAUGGCCGGCAUGGGACCUUUGCUGGCCACGGUCUCUGGGGCGUCGGCAGGAGUUACUGGUUUAGACAACACAGUGAUGGCCACAGCAGCUGCCCAGGGAUUAAGUGGGGUUUCGGCAGCAGCUGCUGCAGCUGCCUUGCCCUUCCAUUUUCAGCAACACGUCCUGGCUUCUCAGGUAAGACGCCUGGUGUGCACAUCUCUGUUUGCGUGUGUGUGUGAUUUGUCCCCUCCGUAAAGCAGGUGUAACGAUGGCUAUUCAGGCAUCCAGCAAAUCAGAACUUUGCUCCAACAAUUGUAGCAUCCAUGGGAUUCAUUGUCUUCUUGGCUUUGUUCCCCCACCUGGGGGUGGGGGGGUCCAAAGUAACUUCAUUUAAUAUAACCUGUGGUUCGUGGGAACCUUUGGUCGUUUUUCUCAUGGAGGUUGGUUCUACAACUGGGGUUUUUCUCUGCUUAGGCUGAUGGGGGAGCCCAGCCCUUGGUAGUUUGAGUCCUAAACUUUGGGGAGGAAAACCGUCCAUGGUUUUGUGGAAUGGGUGAAAUGAGACCCUAGAUUUAAAAAAAAAGGAUUUAGAGACCACAGACAGUGGUUUCUGGCUUGAUGCAGAAAAGGCCAGUGCAAUUUAACAAUAAAAAUAAAAAAACCAAGUUUGCCAAAAUAAAAAAAUAAAUAAAGGCCACCUACUUGCAAGUCUUUUGGGGAUGGCUUUCUGUUCGCCUAGGAAAGGGAAGCAAAUCUUCCAAAUCAAAACUCACCAUUUGAAAGGGGGUGUUUGCAGGAAAGUGGGGAGGAGAGUAAGUAAAUUGCUUGGUGCCCUUCUGUGUGGAGUAUGUGUGAGCCGUUAAUUAAA